UGUUUAGAUGCACUUUUGAAAGUAAAGAUGUCCGCGCUACGUGUCGUCAAUCGUGCUAUGUAGUUCGGUUAUUGAAUGUGCGUAUGAUUAAAUCUAAAUAUGAGAAAAUAUCGUUAUCAAAUAUGAGAUAAUUAAAUGCUUGAAUUAUGCAUGAAAGUCACGGCAAGAAAUAAGACGGUUUUAUAAAGUGGAAAGACUAUCAAGAGCGUUUUCGUAUCAUGUGGAUUAUCACACAGCGUUGUUAGAAUAAAGUCAGGUAUACAUCUCUUGGAGCAAGAUAUUGGUAUUUCUUAUUGAAAAGUAUUAAAAAAUAACAAAAUGGCACCAGUACCAUUAGAAGGCCAUCAAACUCCUGUAACGAACAAUAUCCCUCAAGAAGGUAAUCGUGGAGGAUCCAUUUCUUUGAGCGUGCUUACAGACCUUAUUAUACAACGAACGUAUCACGAACUAACUGUUCUCGCUGAACUAUUACCUCGUAAAACUGACAUGGAACGCAAAAUAGAAAUUUAUAAUUUUGCUGUUCGAACAAGACAAUUGUAUGUUCGUUUAUUGGCGUUAGUAAAAUGGGCAAAUAGUGCAUCAAAAGUGGAUAAAUCUACACAUAUUAUGGCAUUUUUGGAUAAACAAUCGUUGCUUUUUGUCGACACUGCGGAUAUGCUGGCAAGGAUGGCUCGUGAAACUUUGGUGCAUGCUAGACUACCAAAUUUUCAUAUUCCUGCGGCUGUGGAAGUACUUACUACUGGAACAUACGGUAGAUUACCUGCUUGCAUUCGAGAAAGAAUUGUCCCUCCAGACCCUAUCACUCCUGCAGAAAAGAGAACGACACUGCACCGAUUGAAUCAAGUCAUUCAACAUCGAUUAGUCACUGGAAAUUUGCUGCCACAAAUGCGUAAUUUAAAGAUUGAAGCGGGAAGAGUGACGUUUCUUGUCGAGCAAGAAUUUUCAGCGUCCCUCACAGUUAUGGGCGAUGGGCCGGCGGUUCCAUGGAGACUGUUAGAACUGGAAAUUUUGGUUUGGGACAGAGAAACCGGAGAUGGAAAGGCAUUGGUACACUUCUUGCAGACUCAAUGCAUACACCAGAUUGUCCAAUCACGAUUGCCUGACAGCACCAAUCCAUUAUCGGAGGUGUAUUUCAUCUUGCAUUGCUUUUGCCAAUCAUUACAGCUGGAAGUCUUGUAUACUCAGACGUUAAAGCUGAUCCGGGACAGAUUAGACGAGCAUAUUCAUGUGGAUGAAUAUGCAACUGGCAGAUGUCUGUCUAUAUCUUAUUGGAGGGAAUUAACAAGCAAAGAUCCACGGUCGGAACUUGGGUACAAGUUGACUGUUCAAGUGGACCAACAUGAUCCCGCGAGGCCUCUCGCGGUUGUGCACAUUCCGUCGUUGGGCAGCAAGGAAAGUGAAAUAGCACACAGAGCCAUCAGGUCGGAUCAGUUAUCGAUGGAAUGCUUGCUUGUGCACACGAUUUACAUUCGAACGCGAAGCCGUUUAUCCGAACUGAAGCAGGAGCUGCAAACUAUGCUGAAAGACGUUGAAUGUACCUUGGCGGGGUCUCCAGCUAUUUUAUCAGUGCCAAUAUUACAACCGUGCCUGCGUGCCGAACUUCUGUUGAUCACAGUCGACACUCACACCGGUAUGCUGCAGUGCCACGUUCCUCAAUACGACGCGCCUCUUGUAUCGGAAUUAACAACGGCUUUGAACGGAGACCAUUCGCGUCUCCCGACGCUUAUAUCCGAAUUGAGAUUCUGGAUAACCCAAAGACGCUGCGAGAAAACGUUACAGCAUUUACCGGCUGCCUCUCACGAACGUUUGCCCGUCUUGCAUCAUCCGGAUCAUCCGAUGUCCAAAAUUAGCAGGCAUCGAAUGUUCGUACAGUUGCAUAGGCAUCCCACAGUCAUACUGAUUGUCGCGUUUAAAGAGAAGGAAAGCUCGCCGUGUGAGAUAGAGUGCUCCUUCUAUCUCGCUGUAGUGAAGCACAGCUCCAUCGAAGACGAUCCGCACGACGAUAGCAUAGAAACGGAGAUACCGAAAAUGUAUUUGAAGGUCCAGAGCCUCAUUGAGUUUGACACCUUCGUCAUUACACACGGCCCGUUUACUAGUGUCGACAGUGGGAAUAAUGAUCAAGAUGGGGGGUGCAUUACAGAAGUGGUGGAGACGACGAGCAACAAACGUAGAAGCACCGGGGUCGGAGGGAGGACAGACGCGGCGGGAGCGUCGCAGAGCCGAAGACCGAAGCAUCCGGCUUACUUCAUUCCGGAAUUGGCGCACGUCGUCGCUCUGUGCGACGAGCGAAUACCUUUCGUCACUCUAGCUCAGGAACUUAGUAGACGAGAGAUAGCCCAUCAGGGGCUCCAGGUCGAAGCGAACGCCACGGCGUUGGUGCUCAAGCUCGUUCAGUUACCCGCGCCGUCACCGAGCAUCGCCACGAGCAGUGCUUGGCACGCUCUUCUCAAAAGGCUUCUGAGCGUUUCGAUUAGAGUUCAAGGCAAGGGCAUGGCCAAGACCUGGACCGUGGAGUUUGUAUUUUACGGCAGUCCUCUGUCCAGUAGUCAUCCGAAGGAACAAGGCUUGCGAAGACCGGUCUAUUUUCAGUACGAUAUGGGAACUGCCGACACCGUCUCUCGCACUGUGGACGCCUUGUUGAACGAUUGGGCACAAAUAGUACAUUUAUAUUCAAUCGUUCAUGAUUUAGCCGAGUAUUUCAAAAUAGAGAAGUACAACUUGCGCAACAUAGUCAGCAUUAAAUCCUUCAGUUAUAGCAAACUGGUCCUCGCGUAUGGCCCGAAUCAAGGCGCCAUUGUCACCAUACAAUGGAGCAUAAACGACAAAGCGUUUAAGAUGGUAUUUGGCAGGAGUCCGACGAAUACAGUGACCAAUGCGCAUUCCAUAAUGAAAGAGCAACUGGAAGCCCACUUGAACAGACACACGAAUCUGGCGCAAAUCAUUCACAUACUUAACGAAACGCUUCAGCCGCUCACGUCGAUCAGCAAAUUGCCAUCGAUUCCGCAGUUGUGCGUGCAUGCGGUAAGUGCACGCGCACACUUGCCUCCUUUCGGUCCAGACUCACGUCCUAAUUCCUCCCCGCAGAGACCCCGUGUGCCGGUGCAAACGUUUACUAUAAUGCCGCAAUGCGUGACGUUAGUGAGGAUCGCGUAUCAAGGGAUGUAUUGUUUGGAGUUGCGCUUACGCGGCGGCGGCCUGGUAAGUUUGCGCGACGGCGCUUUCAGCCGUUUCGACAGAAGCAACGUCGUCGACGAAUUCACGCCCACGCAGGGUCUGAAGGCGUUUCUGUCGAAAUACGUCGACGAGAACGCGGUGUACAGAAGGAGAUCGCAGUCGGAGGACGAUAAUCCACCGUCGCCGAUGCCUAUGGACAGCGACGGCGGCGGAGGCAAUGUGGGCUUCCUCGGCCAUCACAGAAGCGGACCGCAAUCGCCCGCGCAACAACGCGAAGGUUUGAGAUUCCAUCCGCCGCUCACACCGCCGUCCGGCAGUAAUCCUCACACACCGGCUAGUCCUCAUACCGCAAAUAUAUCUCAGGCCAGUCAACAUCAAAGUUUCGGAAGCAGUCCCGCGGCCUCGUUUAAUCUAGCAUCUCCGCCGUCGUUGCCGCCGAAUACCCCUAACAUGCUACCGCACCCGUCGCCUGGAUCAGGACUUGUCGCGAAUAGUCCUUUGAAUCCGAUGCAUGUUCCUAGUCCGGCUGGUCUCAUGCCGACAUCGUCGCCUGGACCUUGCAGCAACGUUCAAGUGGGACAUUCUCCCGCUAGCUCGUUUAUGCAAACAGGUCACAUCGACGGCAGCCCUUUCCCGUCCUCGCAAAGUAUGGCCUCCCCCGCCGCCUCCAACUGGCCUGGAUCCCCGAGUGUGCCGAGGCCGUCCCCCGCGAGGCCCGGGCAGAGUCCGGGACACGCGGCGCUACACAGUCCGCAGGCGUCCGAUCACAAGAUUGGCAGCCACAUGCCCAGAGUGCUGCCGCCGAGGUCCUGGGCGGGCGCCGUGCCGACGCUCCUCACGCAGGAGGCCCUUGAAUCGCUCUGCUGCCCGUCCCCCCAUCCGUCCGGCCUGCCGGGUCCGGACAUGUCGCCGCUCGAGAGAUUCCUCGGCUGCGUCUACAUGCGCCGGCAACUGCAGCGCAUCAUCCAGUCGGACGAAUGCUUGACUAGCAUCAACACCACGGAGCACGGCAUAGUGCAUUUCAAGGUCGAAAGCCUGCAAUGCAGAGUCGGACUGAAUCAGCAGUACUUCCAGUCUCUGCACAUCAAAGUCCAGCCACUUCCGGAAUACAAAGAUCAAUGGAGCCUGGAAGAGCUGCAGAUUAUAGAGAAGUUCUUCGACACGCGAGUGGCCGCCCCGCCCUUCAAGCACAACACGCUAAACGGCUUCGGAAAAAUGCUCAACGUACGAUUCAAAGUGCUGAAGGACUUCGUGCAGAUAAUGAAGCUGGAGCUGGUGCCCGGUCUUGUGCAGCAGCAGCAGUUGAAGUGGUCCGUGCAGAUGUGCCUGCGUAUCCCGCCCUCCGCCGGGCCGAUCGUGCCGCCCGGCACGGAAGGGGUGCACGUGUGUAGGAGCAAGAUUUUAUUUUUCCUGCUAGUAACGAGAAUAGGCAUGUCGUACCAAGGCGAGACGCCGUCCCUGGUAUUGCCGCUCGUCUACGACGUUACUACGAAUUUAACGCAACUGGCGGAAAGGAGAGAUCUCAGUCCGCCACCGCCGGCGAUGACGGGAGCGUCCAUGCAGCUGAAGAGAUUCGCCGAAUACGGCGGUGUGAAUCAAUCGGAGUGCUCGCUGUUCCCGGCUGUGAGGGAUCUUCUGGCUAAUUUCACGCUACCGUCGGAACCGGUGAUACCGCAGGUUGUGGGAUCCCCCGCUGGCAAUCAGGUGGCACCCACGCAGCAGCAGAUUCAGAACACGGCGAUGCAGAUGCAUUCGCCUAUGGCCGGCGGUCAGGGGCCGCCGCAGGGACCGUACGGGAUCCAAGGCAUGCCACCGAUGGGCAUGAUGGGCGGACCGCCUCAAUAGGACUUGCUUUACUCUCCUAAUCCCCUUUGUCUGCCGAAUCAUCCCACGUGGAUGAACUAAGAAUGUAAACUUCUCGAUUCGGAGAGCGCGCGAGUUGCGCGCGUUGUUCCAACACGAGAAGAUUUGCAAUUUCACGGGGUACUUUAGGAGAGAAAGACCUACGCAUUUGUUGCGUUCGACAAAGAAUGAAUAGUUCGGAAAAAAAAACUACCAUUGUUCCAUAGACAAAGUCAUGCCUGAUUGCUAUUGCGGAUACAUUUCGUAUAUUUCAACAUCGCAGCCGAUAAAUUCCACGUCACUGGCGUGCCGAAACGAAUGUAAAUUGUUGUUUCAUACGAAAAAUUUAAUAGGGAAUCGCUACGUUGUGCUGUACUUGCCAAUGACGAUUCCUUUUACACGCCAUUCAAUAUAAAAUAAUAUUCUCUUUGCUGAAAGAUUAUCUUAUAUACAAGUACAAACCUGUUAUUGGCAUAAAUCUGUAACUUUUUACAAUGUCUGAAUAGGUUAGAAUUAAUAUGAAUAGCGAGAUAGUGAGAUAUAUGACAUUGAUGUAAAUAAAAAGACUUUUUUAGUAGCGAGAGUGCAAGUGUAAAAAUAUUCGCAAAUAUUAGAUUUAGAUAAGUAUCGUUUUUCACACAUUAUACUUCGAGGCGCAGUGUCUUGCUCGAGACACGUCUAACUGACAAAACUAGAUUUGUAAACACCUUUGCAUCUCUUAAUGUACAAAGAAUAUAAAUUCUAUUUAAAUUACGUUGCGUCUGCCUGUUCUUUAAUCGAAUCGAUUGAUUCUUGAUGCCUAAUUGUUUCCCGAAUCUGAAAGUUACUGGAAGUGAAUCGACAGAAUAAAACAAUCCGUGUUACACAUUUUAUCUGGCAUUUAUGAAUAAUAUAAAAUUUUUAUUUUGGUUCUGUGUGUACAGCUUUUUAUACAAAAAACAUGUAAUACUUUUAACAAAAAUCAAUCGUACUAUAUUCUUAAUAUAUGCAAUUGUACAGUACUCAUAGUUAAUAUAAUAAUGUAUUGGAAUACAACUGUAUAUCUCAAUAAUCGCAUCUCAAAUAUAUACACUUUUAGGUCAGGUAUCAGUCUCUGUAUAUAAAAUUUGAAUACAUCUUGAUACACCUAUUCCAUGAUAAUUCGUAACUGCGAAUCGAAACGAAACUAAAUAUCUACUAAAACUCUUAAAUUUUCAACUUAAACUAAGCAAUAUCAUGCAUUCUUGGCCGUGUUUGUGUUGUUUUGUCAUUUGUUCAAGUAAUCUUAUCAUUUUAACAUCUCGCAUAAUCUUUCAAAAAUAAUUUUUUUUUUUUUUUGCAAUAGCUUAUUCGUAUCUUUAGUAAAAAGAUACUUGUAUAAUAUAGAUGUUGUUAUUAUAUAUUCAUUUUAUACGCGAAACUAUUAUAAUAUCAUAGCAUAUACGACUACAGUUUUUAUUCGUUAUUUUAUCGCAAUUUUAUCCAGAGUUAAACACAUCAAUCUGUCACAUUAAUCUUGAUUCAAUUUCCACAAAUUCUACAUGAGAUUUCUAAGCUGACGCCUUUUAGGCUCCAUAUUUUUUACACUGAUAUUUUAUCUUGAUUUUUAAACAGCUUUUCUGAAAUUUAUACAUUCAAUAUUAUGGAACUAUAUAUUAGACAGUAUUAUUAGAAUCAGGUUAUCUGUAUUGCAAUUUAUCCCUUUUAACCAAAAUACUGCAUUAAUUACCAAACACAAAUAUGGGUUGAUGCAUCCUCUACAUUGUUUUCAAUCAACAAAAGGCAUUUUGACGUUUUAAAUCAUUCUCUCUUGCACCAAGCGGGAAGUAACUUAGAAAAGACACCUCUCUGUUUCACGCAGGGAUCGGAUUGCAAUAAAAAGAACCUUUACAUUAUUUUAAGAUACGGACUUGACGGACAUUACUAUGCGAACGUUCAGAAAUAAAUAUAAAUAUUUGUGGUGCACAUUGCAUGCAAAAAACGUGUUCUUGAUUUCUAAAUUAAACUGCACAUUGUGAAAACACAAGCAUUUUACUAUACAUAAUAAUCAUAAACUAUCAGCUAACGAUUCAAUGAGAAUAUUUCAAUCCUCCAAUCUGUCUGUCCGAUUUAUAUAUUGUGCUUAUGCGCUCGCUGACGCAUAAUUUAUAUAGCUCGAAUUAUAUUUAAUUAUAUAUUGCAUGAGACGAUUCGUAAGUAUGUAUGAUAAAAUAUUCUUUUGAUCUAUACAUAUUUUUAAGUUCAAUGCUCAUGUCAGAGGUAAAAGGAGGUUUGAUUGCUAUUCCUCUAUUAGGAACAGAGUGAUGUGCAGCACAUUUUCAUCAUACACGGCAAUCGACAGAACAAAGAUAAAGAAAACAAGAAUUAACUUUCAAUAUAAAUGCUUAACAGCUCUCGACUUCGUGAUAUACUCAAAAUGUAUGUAUAUGUAAAAAAUGCUCCUCCCGAUCUAUGCUAUCAGCAGUGACGCGCCGUUUUCUUUUUUUUUUUCUUUUUUUCCAUAUAUAUUUCUCAGAUAUCUACAUCUGACGAUUAUAAUCGACGAUUUUUAACCAGGUACAUAAAGAGAAUACAAGGCUAGAAGCAUAUAUCAGGACGAAGUCAAAAAUCAUACUGUAUAAUAUGAGAUUCAAGUUACAGGAUUUCAUCCUGUGUACCUUUUCUGUUCAUCUUUCUCGCCGAUAACACUUGAAACGAAAUAUUUUCUCGCAGAAAAAUAUACAGUUUUGUAAUCGCUGAUGCAAUCAGCUCGUUGGCGUACUUAACGCGUACAUUCCUCGAAAAAUGCCACUAAAAUCGAUCUUACGUAAAGUCGUUACGAUUCAGCAACUCUGUACGUAUAAAGAGACUUUCACAAAAAUGUCGAAAAAAUUCGAACGCGGUAAUAAAACAGCGAAAAAGAUAUGGCGAAAAGUACAGCGGAUUCUUGUCGUUAAACAUUUCCAUUCUGGAAUGGACGAAACAUCGCGUGAGUAUUCCGAGUUAUGAUACAAGCAUCUAAAAUAUGUUUUAUGAAAAUAUCUAAUAUCAUCGUAUGUACACCUACUAUGUUCAUUAUCGACAUUUACUCGCAUUAACUUGCGGACGAGAGACGAAAGAUUAGAAAAGGAAGAAAGAA